AUGGGACUAUAUGCAGACGACACGGCUUACUGGUGUAUAGAACUACGCACAACGACACUGCAACGAAAAACGACCACAUACCUCCACCGCCUAGAAACCUGGAUGGCAAAAUGGAGGAUACGACCAAACCCAACCAAGACACAGACAGUCCUCUUCAGACACUUAUCAAAAAAGAAACAACAGAACGAACAUGACAUCCGACUAACCCUCUGGAUUAGCCCCCUACAACUAAACGACACAGCUAGAUACCUCGGAGUACACCUAGACAAACAUCUCAACUGGAAAACACACCUAGCGUACCUCCUUAACAAAACCCGACUCAGACAAAACCUAAUACGACAAGUGCAAGGACGCUUCCAUGGCUGCAAUACUCAAAUAGCAAUAAAUACCUACAAAACUUUCAUUCGUCCAGUUCUAGAGUAUGCUGCAGCCCCCCUGGGAGGCAUACAUGCACCGAUUACAAAAAGUCUGUUCAGCACAGAACGCAGACUAAUACGAAGUAUCGCAAGGCUACCGUUUCUAACACCAAGCAAUUAA